AUUUCGUUAACACCUUCCGGAUUGCCAACAUGGCGGCGGCCGUAACGUGCCUCGGUAGAGCCUUGAUACAUCAUCAAAGGCAUAGUCUUUCCAAGAUGGUAUAUCAGGCACCUCUUUAUCCUGGUUCUGUGUAUGUUCGAGUGCCUAACAGACAUUAUGCUGCUGCUACAAAGCCUGCAAAAACGUCAAAAAAAGAUGCUAAAAAGAAAAUAUCAGAUGAAAAAAUAAUUGAUAUAGAAAAAAUAAAGUCAUACCCCUAUAUGGAAGAUGAACCUGAGGAUGAUGUCUACUUAAAACGCUUAUAUCCAAGACAGAUAUAUGAGGCGGAGAAAGCUAUUCUUUUGCUUAAGAAAUACCAGAUUCUGGACUUCACUAAUCCAAAGCAAGGUGUUUAUCUUGAUUUGACACUGGAUAUGACAUUAGGGAAGAAGAAAAAAGUGGAGCCAUUUGCCAGUGUUCUUAGUUUCCCAUAUCCAUUCUCUUCAGAAAUCAAUAAGGUGGUUGUAUUUACAGGGAAUGCCUCAGAAGUUAAAAUAGCAGAGGAAAAUGGAGCUGCGUUUGCAGGAGGAAUUGAUCUGAUUCAAAAGAUUUUGGAUGAUGAAAUUCAAUCAGAUUUUUAUGUCGCUGUUCCAGAAAUAAUGCCUGAGCUUAAUCCACUAAGGAAAAAACUACAAAAACGAUUUCCAAAAUUAACCCGAAAUUCCAUUGGUCGUGACAUUCCCAAAAUGCUUGAAUUAUUUAAAACUGGAUGUGAAAUUAAGGUAGAUGAAGAAAGGGAGUACCUUCUCCAGACCAAAAUUGCAACACUGGAUAUGCCAAGUGACCAGAUAAUUGCCAAUAUGCAAGCAGUUAUAAAUGAAGUUUGUAGGCACAGACCACUGAGUUUGGGACCUUUUGUGAUACGCGCGUUUCUUCGUAGUUCAACAAGUGAAGGCCUGUUAAUAAAGAUGGAUUCUUUGUUACCUAAAGAAGUAGAAACCAAAGAAAGUAGUAAAGAGGUUUCCUGAAA